UCUCCCCCCCUCAAGACCUCCGACGCCCUUCAUCAACAUCAUUUUCACUCGCCCUCCCCUGCCAGCUAACACGGCCAACAUUGCCUUCGUGUAUAAUCUUCGCACCGGCCCCCCCCCCUAAUCGACGAAAUCCAUCUGUCAGCCGUCUCCACAAAGCAUUAACCCUUGUCCGCGCCUUGACGUAGUGCGCAGACAUUGUCCUCUACACUACUUCUACCCAGCAUGAGGGCUCUUAACCACACUGCCCCCCGCUUCCGGUCGCAGCCACCCCCACCCAUGGGUAUGCCGCUCGCCCCGCCCCCGACGCUGGACGUCCCUCCUCGCCUUGCCGGCUCGCUCGCAACUCCAAUGCCCACCCCACUCGCUACCCCACUUGCACCCCCUCCUCCUCCACCCAUACGCCUGUCUAGCUCCCAGCCCCACAUUCGCACCGAACGCUACGCUGGCGUCGAACACACCCUCGGCCCCAUUUUCAACGACGAGGAAGACGGCGACGACUCUGACUACAUUGCCGCCAAAAUGGCUUACCUGGGUAUUAGUGGCAACCGCAACAACAGCCAUGGCAAUGCUGCGCGCUACUCGGGCCCUGCCAUGCGCCAGGAAGUCCACUACCACCAAGUAGACCCCAUGACCUCCGAGUUCCAACGCCGCCAGUUUGCCCAGCAGCAGCUUCUCCACCUGCAGAUGGCUCGCCAGCAGCAACAGCAGCAGCAACAGCAGCAGCAGCAGCAGCAGCAGCAGCAGCAGCAGCAGCAGCUUGAAAUUCAGCAGCAGAACGCCGCUCUCCAGAAUUUGCUGCGCUCCAACACCAACCCGCAUCAGCUGCGCGAAAUGAUUGCGCUUGCUGAGCUUCAGCGCGCACAGGAGGCUGCGACGACGCCGCACAGUGCAUACACUCAGCAUCUGGCUGCGGCCCAAAUUCUCAACCAGCAGGUUCUUCAACAGCAGAUCAUGGCGCUUCAGGCCCAGCAGGCGCAGCAGAUGACUGCGGGCCACCGUCACACGCUUGCUGCCCAGCUUGAAGCUGGCACUCUGCGCCGCGAGCGUGAACGUGAGCGCGAGCUGCGCUCGCGUCCCCUUAGUCCCGAUGACUCGCAGCUGCGUGCUGCAUUCGAGGGCGCGCCGUCGGGCUACUUCCCGGCCAUUUCGCCUCCCAUUGACUCCGCAAUGGGCGUAGGGUGGAACUCGACCACAGGCAAGCCUGCGCCCGCCCCCGUUAUACCGGAGUGGCCUUUUGGCUGGAACAACGUCCCGCCUCAUUCCACUUCCACCCGCACACCGCCGCCCAUGUCGUCAACCGAUUCGAGCACUCGUGCGCCUUCGCCCCCCUCUGUAACUCCGCCGCCCUCGGUUCCCGCUGCGCCCCUUGGUCGCUUUGCCCGUACGCGUCAGGAGCUUGACGCUGCCAAGGUGGCUGCCCCAGGCGUCCCACCUCUCGCGACCUUUUUGUCCCGUCGCCGCCAGACUGACGACGACGCCCUAUCGAUUUCAUCAUUCCCCGACGUGACUUCACCCAUCUCGGAGACGGCCCCGUCGACUGCGCGCGCCCCGUACCGCAAGUGGUCUGCGGAGUCUGGCCGCAAGGUGUCCUCGGACCUGGGGCACCUUGACCCCGCCUCUCACCUGGAGUGGGGCUACUGUGCUCCUGCGCCUCGCUCGCAGUCAUUUUCUGUCUCGCGCACGACUGAAGACCACCGCCCUCGUGUGCAUCAGCACAUUGCUCCAGCUCCCACUCACGCGGUGAGCUACGUGACGCGUCAGCCCUUCGGCCCUCCUGGCUCUCCCCAGGAAUUGGCCCUCAAGAACUUUGCAUCACGCAUCCGUCGCAAGGCUGGCCAAAAUCUCGGAAUGCUGACCCGCCGCACCGAGUGUCAUGCAUGCGAUGCUGGCGCAGACAUCGAAGUGGAGGGCGGAAGCAAAGUUGACGCGUCGCGCGUCACCCUUCAUGAGCCAUGCCACAAGGCUGCGAGUGACUGGGCACAAUCAGCACAACAACCUUCAUCACACACCAUGCCUCCCCGCAAGCGCGCGCGGCGCAGCGGGGUGGAUGAGCCCACCCCAACUCCUCCUCCUCCUCCUCCGCCGCCAACAGCGCGCACGCAGCAGCGCCCCGCGGCGGGAGGAAGCCGCUACCGCACCCGCCACCGACGCGAUGUGCGCGGCCCCGAGCUCGCAGUGCUCGAGGGCGGGCGUGCCGACCUCGUCCCGCCCUCCGACGACGAAGAGUACGACGAGUGGCGCGCGGUACGUGCCGUGGAGCGCGCCGAGCGCGAGCGCGAGCGCGAGCGGCUCGGCGCCCCCGAAUCGCUGUAUCGGAUCGAGGAGCCGGUCGCUGGCCCAUCGCACUCUCGGCGCCGCUUCGUCUUCCUCUUCUCGUCCCCCGGCAGCUCGCGCUCACCCUCGCCCGUCGCAUCGCCCCCAGAAUCCCCAUCAGACAUGUUCGCAUCGCACCCGCCGCGACUAUCCUCCAAAGGCAAAGGGCGUGCCGAGGCCUCCCCGUCCCCCUCCCAAUCUCCACCUUCCCAGCCGCCUCACGCUGAACGCAUCACGCUGCAAUUGGGCUCUCCGAAGCUGUUCACGUGUCGACGCUCACCGGGCAGGCGCGACCAUCUUCCUUCGCACUCGUACUCGCCGCCACCGCCCGCGUCGGAGCCAGUGCCCCCUGUCCCGCCGCACCCGCCACCACAAGUCUCCUCGGCCGACGCCGACGCAGACGCCACGCUUCCAGAUGUACAUUUGGAUGAUGACCUGCCUUCCGGCACGCCCGUCACUGCGGUGCGCUCGCCCUCGGUCCAUGAGAGCCAGCCCACUCAACCUAUGCCAGAUGUAGGCCUCGGAUCCUUCUACUCCCACGACAGCCAGCUACCUCUCCCUCGGGAGAUGAUCGAGGAGCCGUGGGGCAUGGACCUUGACGUGGAGGAUACUUCUGGGCCAGCCAAGGCAGGUUCAGCCAGCCAAACGGCGUUGCAGCGAUCAACCCAUUUCUUGGCUUCACAGGUGAGAGCGAACCUUUCCUCGCCAUCACCGUCGAGGGUCGAUUCUAGUCGCCCACCGCCCCGCCUGUCACAAGCCAUCCUCCCCCCGUCUUCGCCUGUCCAAAGUCCGCCAGUCUCUCAGCCGACGGAUGAGUCUCAGCGGCGUGCAACUCCGCUGCCGGGCCCACUUCUUCCUCCUUCGCCAUUCCGCCCGUCUGAGGAGCGACCCGCGUCUCAGCAACCGCCGCCGCCGUCUUCCCCCGACGCUCUCGACCUUCUUGCGGACAAUCGGGCUGCCCAGGUCGCUGCUGUGAGACCUACUGCGUCUCAGACUGACAAUGUCCCUGGGACGGACCAUGGCGUAGACAGACCACCCCAACCGUCCAUUGACCCGGCGCUGCUUCAGUUCCGCAUUGCGCGCACAUUUCGCACCCGUACGGCGCUGCAGCUUCAGCCAUACACGAAAGAGAAGCAGUUAUACGAAAACGCGCUUCGCAAGGGCGGCCUGGCGAAGGGACGGCGCGCAGUCGCUCCCUCAGCGGAAAUCCGCGCUGCAAACGAGGAGGAGACGCAGACUCAAGAGGGCCAGUCGUCCUCCGACAGCGAAGCUACGCCUCCAGACGCCAUCGUAAUUGGGGCAACGCAGGAGCAGGCGCCGCCUCGUCGGCGUGAGCCAAAGCCCCUCGUCGAUGCCGACUACGACGAGUACUUCCUCGAAUUUGGCGAGGUUGCUGACGACGAUGAGGAGUGCCAGAAGCGCCUCCAGGUCAUCGCUCGCAAGCGGCUGCGCGCGGCCAAGGAGGCGCGGCGGAAGGAGCGGGCUGCGGAGCGCACCCGGCGAGCGUUCGAGAACCUCAUGAAAGAGACGGACAGGGAGAAGGAGGUCGAGCGGAAGGAGGCGGAAAAGCGCCAGCGCGAGAACACUGCGCGCGGACGGGAACUCUCAAAGGGCCCCAGCAAGACGGCGCCCAGGCCAGCUCCAGCUACGAGGGAGAAGAGUCCGGCCAGAACAUCGCGCAUCACGGCUGAUCGAGAUCGUGCCAGAGUGACAUCUACCAACCGUACACCGGCAAGGAGGGGUCGUACUGUCACCUACAGCCGUCGUACGCAGCGCCAAGUAUUGGACCGCCCAGACUCAGAAUCACCUUUAUCGUCGCCGCCACCCUCGCCUUCCACCUCUCAACACCAAUCUGCCCUGUCACCAAAUGAGCUCCCUCCACCCUUGAGCACUCCAGCCCUCACCUCUCAUCCUGGCCGAGCCUGGACAUCAACCACGCCUCCAGGUGCUUUGCCAGCUGAACCAAUGGACAUCGAUACGCUAGACAUCGCACGGGAGGGCGACAGUCACAGAGUCGAUGACUUUGAGACCGCCCCCUUUGGUGGCUUUGUUGACAGCGAUGAUGACCGGCCCUUUACUCCCCACCGCCUGUCAAGUCCUCCGGCAGCUCCGACCUCGCGCUCCACUCGGCGCCGUCGCAUAGCCUCAAGCUCGAGUCAUUCGUCUGACACAGACACCGGUGACUCCUCACAGCCACAGGUCGACAAGCGCCGGCGCAUCGCCGAGCGGAUGUUGCCGCGCGCCAUGCUGAAGCGCCUGGAACAGGAGGCCGCCCAGCAGAAGCGACGAAAGGAGGAUCGUCAGCGACGCGCAGCCCGUGCAGAUGACUCACCAGUCCGCCCAGGUCAUGCGGUGGUGCGACGUCGUGGAGGUGGUGCUCUCGACGAUAUAGGCGAUCUUUUCGACGACGGCUCAGAAUCUGACGAUGGACGGGGUCUCCUCAGUCUGCACGCGGAGGAGCGUGAUGAGUCCGAUGUCUCAUCGGAUGAGGGUUUGGGUCGCCAACUCAUUCUCACCCUCCAAAGCGACAGCGAGGGAUCAGAAGCAGCAGAGGACAGCGGCCGGCCUGCGGCGCUGGCCCGACUUCAGCGUGGUGACUUCGAAGCGAUCGUGCACGGCAGGCGAUCUGUGGAGCCACGACAACGAGGGCCGCAGCGUGGCGAGCUUCGCCGCCACCGUCCCGCACUGCGCAUUUCGAAGCGCCCAUCCACAUCUCGAACUGGCGAGAAGAAUCACGCGAGGGUGUCGAAAGGCCGAAUUUUGAGCGAGUCACAGCUUUACCAGACACGACUAAAUUCUCCAGUGGAGGAGACGACCCCUGUCCGCCCACAGAAGUCGAAGGCCAGAAGCAGCAAGAGCAAAAGCAAAUCCUCCGCUCGUGCAGAUCGCGGCGGGAAAGAUGACCGUCGCAGCAAGGGCGCAGCUCGUCCUGCUAUCCGCCUCGAUGACAACGUCAUCUUCGCGACCGGCGACUUCGCGUUCUCGAGUGACUCGGAUGACAUCGAGAUCCAAGGCGCGACACCUGCACCCGCACCACGGGCUCUGCCGCGGGGGCCUCUCGCACAGAUGACUACCAAGAAUGGUCGCCUGUACGCAAGGACCGCGUCCUCCCCCACCCCGGCUCCUCCGCCACCUCGUCGCGCUCCAGCCCCCAAACAGCAACUUGAUGAAGGCGUUGGCAAGGCUCGCUCCUGGGCGAACUUUGACCGGUUCCCAAUCGAUUUCGAGAUCACGCCACUGCCGAUGGGGGUGUAUUGCGGUGCAGAGACUGUCCCAGGCAGUGGGCUGCUUGGUACAUUUCUGGGUCAGCUCGACGGCGAAUUCUUGCAGGAGCUGAAACCCAUCUCGACGCACGGCGUGUCACUGCACUCCGAGAUGUCUUCCGAUGAGGCCCUCGAAGUGCUUCCAAUCGUCCUCGACGGCAUGACGGCCUCCAUUCGCAGCUGUAUUGACGCAACUUCGACGGCAAAGGUCCAUUCCGAUCUCCGGCCCCUGCGAUUCAUCCGUGACUACCUCGCCCAGGCCGACGUCGAUACCCGUGGGCGCUUGUUCGCGCCCUUCCGCAACUUUGGCCAACAGCUCGAUGACGUGGUUCUGGACAGCAGCCGUGCGCGUCGAGGGCUAGUUCUCCAACUGCUCGAGGUGCGUUAUGCCUUGUUUGAGAUUGCGGCGAUCGCCGGCGACCGCGAGGAUCUCGCCACGGCCGCGACGCAGCUGAUCGGACUGCUCUUGGUGUAUGGUUUCGAUCGUACUGUUCGCCCGCUCCGACGCAUUUUGAGCGGGCAAGCGGAUACGCCUGAAGUCACAGACGUUACUGUCGCCCUUUGGGUGUCACUGCUCCAUAUCCUAGCGGCCUAUGACAAGCAGCACCCUCCCUCCACCAACGCAGUCGAUGAUACGUUCUCUGCGGCCCUGGCGGAAGCGCUGAGUCGACGAUACGGAGGCGAAAUUGGACCACUGGCCGCUGAACGCAUCUGGUUUCUGGUGUUUGGCCUCUGUGCAAUUGCUCAGUUUGGUGUGGACGGUACGGUUGUCGCUGAGUACACGCCGUAUCCGCGCUGGACGCUAGUAAAGCUUGCCCUGGGACAUAUCAAGAUCACCCACAGUCAAGAGGCAGAGGAGUCUGCUCACCUUGAUCAACUUCAGGGUCGCGACCGCUACAUCAAAACUGUCGUGGCUCGCUGUCUCCGGCUGUCCUCGACAUGGCGGUGGAACUUUGACUCGAGGAGCUUCUCCGUUGCGACUCGCGACCUCGGAAUGAUUUUCAAGGCGCGACAGCACCGCAACCUGCCAACGGAGCCACCGGCCGACUUCCCUCGCUUCAUCGCGGACUUUGAUAUCUCUCUUACAGCGGAGGACGACACGCGGAGAGCCUCAGCCUUCGAGCUGUGGCUUCGCCUCGCCUGUGUCGCGGCGUCAGACUUGAUUGGGGCAGCCGAGGAGUUGAGUGCCGCGCACCGCGCCGAACGGGACGUCCAGCGCCUCAUCAUGUCCAUCUUCCCCCUCUCGGCUGUGCCGUUCACGCGGGCGAGCCCCCCUACACCACGGCAGCUCAGCGCCCUCGUGAAUCGGUAUUCCACGAUGGUGGUCGCGUGCUACUUUUCGCCCUCCCUCUUGCCGUGGCUGCUCGCCAACUCGCGCAAGUGGCUCGCCUUUGACGCCGCCGACUUCGGAUCUCGCCAGGUGUGCAUACGCGGGCUAAUGUACCUUGGCGUCGCGUGCCGCCAUCAUUCUCACCCACUUGACGCGGUUGUUGGCCGCCUCGCGGAUAUCCUCGCGACAUUGCAGGCGGAAUUCGAGCAGCUCGGGCGUCCCACCAAUGCGCCCAGCUUUCCAACGCGCAUCGAGAUCGAACGCACCAUGGUGCUCGUCGUCUCGUGCUUCCGACAAAUCAUCGUGCACCCAAGAUACUUGCCUAGCGCUGAACCGGUCUACCCCGACCCAGUUCUGCUCCACGAGUCCUGGACUGCACGCAUCUUCCAGCUCGAUCUCGUCAGGGACGUGAAGUCGGGACUGGAGGUCGUCGCCACUAUCCAGGCCUUCCUGGACGCGCGAGCAACAGCGCUGCCUAAACGUGCCAAAGCUGCGCGCACGUUACGUCAACAAGAAAGCGUUGACGACUAUCCUAGCCUCGGGUUUGACUUCAAUGCCAUUGACUUGGCUGCGUUGGGCGGCGACGAGGCUCCUCCGGAGCCUGAGGAUCCCAUCGAGGUGCAGGAUGCGGUGUUUGCGGAGACAAUUGUUAAGAGCAUCUGCCCGCGGAUCUACCGCCUGCUGUCCGACAUGCUGCCCGCGUCCGAGAUCAACAAGCCGGGAGAGAAGAAGGGCGCAGAGCGCCUGGUUCUCAUCAACCGUCUCACACAAUGCUGGAGCGAUUGUGCGGCGGUCGCUGUCGUCGAGCACAAUCGGUCGGGCUGGGAUGUGUACGCGUCGAGCUACGGGGCACAGUCAUGGUCGCGCAUCGGCAACGACCUUGGCCGCAUCCGCGUCGGCCUGCAGUUCAUGACGAACGUCGCCCACCUUGAUCCCGGCUCAUUCAGGACACUGGAGAGCGAGUACAUCCUGCUCCUCUUCCAAAGCAUCGCAACGGAUCGCCUGACAAUCGAGCACAAGUUCACAAGCGCUCUUUUCAGUCUCCCAGGCACGCUGGAUCAUAUGCUCUUCGAUGGCAUUCAAGCCGUUGGAGUUGAGGACCUUUCGCGCACCACAUUCAUGGAGCGCCGCCUCGCGAUUCUGAAGGUGGCUUUCCGCAACAUCCCCUCCCUGCUGGGAUCACACCUCACACCAACGGACAUGAGGACGCUCAUUGUUCGCUGCAUGAACACGCUUGUGGAGAGCAUGGUGAUGUACGACGGUGCGAUCGAUGCACGGGGCGUCCUUCACCGCCAGGCGUAUCGUGUAUUCGUAGGGGAGGUCGUGCGCGCACUCCGCCUACACGUGGGCGAGCACCGGCAAUGUAGCAUACUCGCAUCGGUAAUCGCGAGGCGAGGUUGUCGGAAUGAAGUUGACACGCGGCAGCGGUCGCUGAUCUCCGGUGUUGCCACCGGUUAUCGCCCGCUCAUAAGCGGGGUAGGCCCAACUUUCGUUGCGCGACGCGUUCUUCGAUAUCUACUUCACAAUCUCUCCUCCCCUCCACAAUCGUCUAGACAGCUGCACCUUCGCUCCUCCGCAUCCUCACAUACCCAGCCCGCCGACACUCUCACCUCCCCCACCUCCCCGCCCCACACCACCGCCAUGACCUCCACAAUGCUCCCCGCGACGAAGGACGAGGCCGCCGAGCUCCGCACCCUCCUCGGCCGCGCCAAGUUCGGCCGCGGCAUGGCCGAGCACCUCACGCUGUACGCCGCGCACCCCGUGCCGCCCGAGAACGACCGAGGGGGACGGAAUGCCAACAGCUGGCAGAUGGUCGUGCAGGGAGUCGUGCAGGAUGAAUGGGCCAAUGGCCUUGGAAACCUGCACGGAGCGGCUGCGGCGUGGCUCGUCGAUGUCCUGACGUCGUGUGCGCUCGGACGCCUGUCGACGCCGUCGUUCUGGGGCCCGCCUAUGCUCGGCGGCGUGACGAUCCAGCUCGACAUGACAUACUACAAUCCGGCACCUGUUGGGACCAAGAUCCGCAUCGUGGUGACGGUGGAGAGAAUGGCACGGACGCUGGCGAACACGCGCUGUGACAUCCUCGAGUGGGAUACGGGCAAGCGUCUCGCCUCGGGCACACACGCCAAGGCCUGGCGCCCAGCCAAGAUGUAGAGUUGUAUUCGUUCGUUGUUUUUGGAUGGCAUUUGUGGACAGGUAGCGGGGCCGUGGAUGGCCCCAAGCAAGUAG